AUGCGGCGAAAAGUGAAUGAUUGCCUAGCCAGAGUGUUCUGGAGACUUCCAGCACGGCUCAACAUUGGCAUAAUGAUCUUCAUGGGGUGCUUCUUGAUCUAUCUCCUGCGCGUGAACAUGUCCAUCAGCAUUCUCGCCAUGGUGGAGCCGCAGAAUGGUGAGAAGCUGCCCAGCUACGGAGAGAGAUUCCCGUGGGACAUGGCGCAGCAAGGCCUCCUGCUCGGCGCAGACUUUUGGGGCUACAUGAUCACGGCGAUUCCGGGUGCUUAUCUCGCGGAGCGCAUAGGCGCCAAGAUAGUCAUUGAACUCGCCUUCUUCAUUAACGCUCUCAUCACAAUUCUGUGCCCCUUGGCGGCCCACCAUGGUUUCCGCAGUAUUUACGGCGCCCGAAUCGUGGUUGGCUUCCUGGUGGGGCCGCUGUUUCCCUGCUUCCACAACCUCAUCUCGCGCUGGAUCCCGCCGGACGAGAAGGGCAAGUACAUGGCGUGCCUGCAGGGCGGCACCGCCGGGACCAUAUUCACGUGGCAGAUGAUUGGAUUCCUCGUGGAGGCUGUCGGAUGGCCGUGGGGCGGAUUCUACAUCCCAGCCAUAAUUGCCCUAUUUGGCAUCAUCCUUUGGAUCUUUCUGGUCUUCGAUUCACCCGACAGACACCCAAGAAUAACGCCAGAGGAGAAACACUAUAUCGAAUCAUCUCUGGGGGAUUCUCUAUCCAACAAGAGGAAAGUGCCACCAUACUUGAGGGUGAUAAAAUCGGGCCCGUUCUGGGCGCUGCUGGUGCUGCACUAUGGCAGCCUGUGGGGCCUGUUCUUCCUGCUGGCCGCCACGCCGAAAUUCCUCAGCGAGAUUCUCAACUUCCAAAUUGGCAUGACUGGCGUCUACUCGUCUCUGCCACACGCUGCCCGCCUCAUAUUCAGCUUCAUCUUCGGCAUCAUUGGAGACGCAGUGAGAAGGCGAAAUCUGCUCACAAUCACGCAAAUGAGGAAGUUCUUCUGCAUAUUCUCUCACAUUCUGCCUGGACUGUGCUUUGUGGGGCUUUGCUUUGUGCGAGGGCCCUACACUUGCAUCGCUCUGUUGACAGUGGCGAUGGCAUUCAGCGGAGCUUCUGUCCUGACCAACAUGCAGAAUUGUCAGGAUUUGGCGCCCAACUUUGCCGCCAGUAUUUAUGGCAUUCUCAAUACUGUGGCCACAACUUCAGGCAUCAUAAGUCCGCUCGUGCUCUCCUACUUCACCCAAGAUAAUAACACUUUUGAGAACUGGAUUUACGUCUUCCUCAUCGGCUCGGCCAUUUACAUAGGAUCCGCCCUUGUGUACGUUCUACUCGGCAGCGGAGAAAUCCAGCCGUGGAACACAAUCGAGCCCGACGACGAGGACGAAAGACGCAUGUAAUGUGACCACGAGAUGAAUCCAUAUCGGAAGAUUCCACAUCUCGCAACCGAGAACUUAUCCGACAUUUUUUCAAUUUCCUCACAAAAGAGUGAGUCCACAGCGAGACGAUCAAGAGUGCUGCUCUUCAAACACAUCCAUGAUUGAUGUGCAAUGUGUUGAAUUUAUCAGAAACUCAUACAUGAGAAUAAAGUGCGAAGAGAAGGAGCAUCCCACUGGCUGGGAUGAAUAC